UGACUAAAGGUGACUCCCCUGCUAGAAGAAUAAAAGGCCCUUCUCGUGAGUUCAUCGUGAUUUAAGCUGUGAUCAAGAGACGUGAAGAUGUCUGUGGGAGGUGGACUCUCUGAGGUUCUGGAAGCAGAUGGAAAAAUCCAGUUGAUCUGUGACAUGGUGAGGACCGAGGUUGAAGCAAGGUUACGGAAAAAGUACGACGUGUUCAAAGCCGAGACUUACAAGACGCAGGAUGUGGCCGGGACCAACUACUUCAUUAAGGUCAAUGUGGGAGGAGAUGAUCAUCUUCAUCUCGCAGUUUCCCAAAAACUGCCAUGUGAUGGAGGGAACUGUCUGCUUACUAACAUACGUGAAGGCAAAAGCCACCACGACCCCAUCGAGCAUUUCUAAAGGGAACACAAACCAGACAAAGCAUCCUAUCAGUGCCUACAGGCUGUUCAAUCAAAUAAUCUAACAUUAACCCGGCUCUGUAUCAAACAAUUUUACCCUACAUCUAAUUAUAUACUGUCUUAGCAGUGUAGCUCAUGAUGUUAGGAGAAUGUCAAAAAGAAAUUGUAAGCCGUGUAUUAAUUAAAAAUAAUUGAAAAAAUCGGA